CAUUCGGUCCUCAUAGCAAAGGAAAGUAAUUUUUUCUGCAAUUGAAACCUGUGAGGAGUGUUUUUAAAUCUUAUCUACAAAAAUUGUCUGAAAACGAUUUCUACACUGUACAAUUUAACAUUGAAAUGAUUUACGUUGUACCUCAUUAGCCAACAAAAAAGGACGUGGCCAUAGAACUGAUGAAAACCGAAGUUACGCAAAUUUAAUAAACUUUAAAAGUGCAUCACUAAGCAGGAAGAUACGAGUCGUUUUAUUACAUAUAACUACAACAAAUAAAAAAUUGUAUAAUUGAAUUAAAGGAUUUAAUAUGAGCGGCGGUGGAGUUGGUAGUGACUCUACAGCGCCAAGCGGUCCGCGAGUGGUUCAUAUAUAUAAAACGGAAACAGGCUUUGGUUUCAAUGUGCGUGGACAAGUUUCUGAGGGUGGGCAACUUCGUUCAAUAAACGGAGAGUUAUAUGCCCCCUUGCAACACGUAAGUGCCGUGCUCGAAAACGGCGCCGCAGAGAAGGCAGGAAUAAAAAAAGGGGAUCGCAUACUAGAGGUAAAUGGUGUUACCGUAGAAGGAGCUACACACAAGCAAGUCGUAGAUUUGAUAAAGUCUGGCGGGGAUUGCCUCACGCUGACAGUAAUUUCGGUAACGCAGCAAGAGGCGGAAAGACUCGAACCUCAGGAAGAUCAGACGGGUUACUCAUAUAUUGAUUAUUCCGAUAAACGAUCGUUGCCUAUUAGUAUACCAGACUACAGCAUUGUAAAUCGCAAUGGAGAGCGUUACAUCGUUUUCAAUAUACAUAUGGCUGGCCGUCAAUUGUGUUCUCGUCGUUAUCGCGAAUUUGCCAAUCUUCACUCAAUAUUAAGAAAGGAAUUUGCUGGUUUUAAUUUUCCUAAACUGCCUGGAAAAUGGCCAUUCCAAUUAAGCGAGCAGCAAUUGGACACUCGCCGGCGAGGCCUUGAGCAAUACUUGGAGAAGGUGUGCGCCGUACGCGUCAUCGCCGAAAGCGAUGCGGUGCAAGAUUUUCUCACGGACUCAGAUGACGAUAUAUCCGCUUCGCCAGUGGACAUAAAAGUAAUGCUGCCGGAUCAUGAAGUAUCUACGGUCUCAGUGCGAAAGUCUGCAAAUGCGCAGGUGGUGUGGGAACUUCUGGUUCAGCGAGCCAACCUAACGUCGUACACCCAACAAUAUUUUUAUCUCUUUGAAAUUGUUGAAUAUAAUUUUGAACGCAAGCUGCAGCCACACGAGAUUCCACACCAACUGUAUGUCCAAAACUACAGUACCGCCUCCAGCACUUGCCUCUGUGUGCGUAGAUGGUUGUUCUCAGUGAGUAGAGAGCUUGGCUUACCUGAUGGCGAACAAGCAGCAACAUUUAUUUUUUAUCAGGCGGUUGAUGAAGUGAAUCGCGGAAAUAUACGCGCUGAAGGCCGUCUUUAUGAACUGAAAGCCUUACAGGAUGCAAAGAAAGCAUCGGAAUAUUUGGCGUUAGCGCGUACGCUACCCGGGUAUGGCGAUGUCGUAUUUCCGCACUGUACCUGUGAUAGUCGCAAAGAAGGACAUGUAGUGCCAGCCGUUGGAAUAAAAAGUUUUCGUUUGCUCGCAUGCCGUGAAGAUGGUUCACUUGAGUCGCAAAUGGUCGAACUAACCUGGGAAAGCAUAACUCGCUGGGAGAGCGAUGAAGAGUCAAUGUCAUUCUGCUUUCAAUACAACCGCCCGGACAAACCGGCGCGUUGGGUGAAAGUUUACACGCCAUAUCAUUCGUUUUUAGCUGAUUGUUUUGAUCGAAUAAUGGAGGAACGCAAAUGGGAAGAUAGCGGUGAUUAACAAAAGAACGUCUAUAACGCUUGAGCGUGGGUUUCCAUUAUCAUAGUUUUACGAUAUUUUAAGCACCUGAUAGAACUCAGCAAACGCAAAUAUUCAUCUCACUUUUUUAUUUUUUAUUUUUAUGCUACUUCAUCUAAAAGUUAUAUCUUCUGUACACCAACUCUAAGGUGCACUACUGGUUGUACUAAGAAUAAAAUUGGGCCUGAACCACACUGUAACUCAUUCUAAAAUUUGAAAGAACAACUAUAAA